CACACAUUCACACACACUCUCUCUCUCUCACUCACACAUACACACACACGGCUCAUGUCUUGUUAUGAGAUUCCACUUCUCUCUCUCAUUCUCUGAAUGACUGAUGGUCUGUUCUUGACUGUUAUUUUCAGUUCCAAAAGAAAUAAGAGCAGGCUCGAAGAAGACUGAAAGUUAAUCAAAGCAGCAGGAGCGUUGCUCCUUGCGGAGGAGUGUAACACCUGUAACCACACACACAAACACACAAACCCAACCCCUCGUGAUGUGAUGCUGCCCUUGUCCAGACCUCGGUGCGUGUCGGCGCUCCUUUCUCCACGGUAAGCUGACAGCUGAAGAAGCUGGAGGACGCUGGACGUUAUGGAGGUCCCUGUUUCUCAGGCUCACGCGCCACUCGCACCAAUGCCUACGCUCGCUCCACAAACUCAGCACAGGAAACGACCCGAGGACUUUAAGUUCGGCAGAAUCCUUGGUGAAGGUUCCUUCUCAACCGUGGUUCUCGCAAAAGAGAUUUCAACAGAAAAGGAAUUUGCAAUCAAGAUUCUGGAGAAGCUGCACAUCAAGAAGGAGAAUAAAACACACUAUGUAAAAAGAGAGAGAGACAUCAUGUCCAGCAUCAAUCAUCCCUUUUUUGUAAAGCUCUACUUCACAUUUCAGGAUGCUGAAAAAUUAUAUUUCGGACUUAGUUACGCAAAGAACGGCGAACUGCUCCGCUACAUCCGCAAGAUCGGCUCCUUCGACGAGACGUGUACGCGCUUUUACACCGCAGAGCUGGUGUGUGCUCUCCAGUACCUCCACUCGAUGGGGAUUAUUCACAGGGACCUGAAACCUGAGAAUGUUUUACUGAACGAGGACAUGCACAUUCAGAUCACAGACUUUGGAACGGCGAAGCAGUUUUCUUCAGACAGCUCUCAGACUAGAGCAAACUCUUUUGUGGGGACCGCGCAGUACGUUUCACCAGAGCUGCUGACUGAAAAAUCAGCAUGUAAAAGUUCGGACCUUUGGGCUCUCGGCUGUAUAGUUUACCAGCUGGUGGCUGGAUUGCCGCCCUUCAGAGCAGCGAACGAAUACUUGAUAUUCCAGAAGAUCAUAAAACUGGAGUAUGACUUUCCAGAGAAAUUCUUUUCCAAAGCUAAGGAUCUGGUGGAGAAGCUAUUAUGUUCAGAUCCUGCUAAGCGUCUUGGCUGUGAGGAGAUGGGAGGCUACAAUCCCCUGAGAGGCCAUGCCUUCUUCGAGAGCAUUUCAUGGGAGGACCUUCAUCUGCAGACUCCACCGAAACUCACCCCGUACCUGCCAGCCAUGGCUGAGGAUGAGGAGGAGUACUAUGGCAACUAUGACGACCUCCUGAGUCAGUUUAGCAGCAUGGAGGUGGUUCACUCCAGUUCCUCGCAGGCUCUCUCGGUGCCAACCAUGCUGCUGCCCCAGAGAUCCACCAGCAACAUCGAGCAGUACAUCCAUGACCUGGACAACAACUCCUUCGAACUGGACCUACAGUUCUCCAGCGAGGAGAAGCAGCUGCUGUUGCAGAAGCAGACCAGCAGGAACCCCUGGCACCAGUUUGUUGGAAACAAUUUGAUACUAAAAAUGGGACCAGUUGACAAAAGAAAGGGCUUGUUUGCACGUCGAAGGCAGCUUCUGCUGACGGAGGGGCCGCAUCUCUACUACGUAGAUCCUGUGAAUAAAGUCCUUAAAGGGGAGAUCCCCUGGUCUCCUGAGCUGCGACCAGAAGCCAAAAACUUCAAGACUUUCUUUGUUCACACGCCACACAGGACGUAUUAUUUAAUGGACCCCAACGGCAACGCGGACAAGUGGUGUAAGAAGAUCCAGGAAGUCUGGGGAAAGAUUUACCACAAUCAUCAGACUACUGACAUGUAGAGCAAGAGAGAUAGAGAGAGAGAGUGUGUGUGUUUCCUCAAGUCAAGACACAUCCUCAUAAUCUGAGCCUUUUAUUUUGUUAAGCACCUUGUGGCAAGAAGAGCAUUUAAAGAGUAAGUUUAAAAAAAAAAAAAAAAGAGCAGGCUUGUGCGAUAGAGGUACGAUUUUUUCCCCAAUCAAGAUUUUUGGCUUUUGAAUACUGCGAUAAACAAUUUAAUCAUCCAGAACUUUAAGCCUUAUAAAUGGAUGAAAAUGAUCACUUCCACCAGUUCAGGUUUAAGAAGGAGGAGGAGGGAGUAAUAAUAUUAUCAGUGCUGAUUGCUAAUAAGCGAUUUUGCAGAAAUUCACAGUCGUUGCUGCUCACACUGUUUUCAUCACUUUCUAAUUUAUUAAUGUAGCGUUUAAAGUGUCCGAUUUGACACUUCACUGCCCUAUCUUCAUUCUUUGUUCUCUCUCUCUUUAAUUUCUUUCCUUAAUGCAUGCACUCUAACAGUAGCUGAAUCGCUUUUCAGACAGGAUUCAAUUUCCCAGAGUCUUGGAGGAUUUUCUACACUCCAGGAGCUCGUCUGGGAUUUUUUUUAUUUCUAUCCCGAUCUGGGAGAGUUUAUGGAAACUCAUCACUCGUCUGAUCAGUUCAGUUUGACAUGUCCACAAUUUUCGAAGCAAAUGCACAAGCUGUUAAUUUUUUUAAAUGUUAGUGCAGAUUGCCGUGUUCGGUCUUGUCGCAUAGUAUCCGUGCCCCUCCCCCAGAGCUAAUACACUUCACAAUUCGCAAAAGGAAAAACGGAUGUGUGAACGGAUCGUGAUGAUGUGACUGUAUGACGCAACCACCGCUGUUCAGAUGUAAAGAAUUCUUACAGACAUCUGUCUGAUAAACUAAUCUGGUCCAAAUGUCAAACCAUCCAAAUUUCACAUAAAUGAACUCGAAAGGUUUUCCAUUUUUCUGUCUGUCUAUCUGAAACUACUGGCACCCUGUCUGUCCAUCUUUAUUGUUUUUUAGUUAACGUGUGGUGAUAUUUUGCGGAGAACCCUGAAUGCUCGACAGCUGACUGGUCUAAUAAUAUAAUGUGAUCUAAUCCCUGAGACAUGUCACUGGGAUGGUGGAAGCAUAAUAUCAUGUAGGGAAGAAUGCGUGGUAAUAUCGCACAAGCCUGAGGAAGUCCACAAAUGUUCUGCUUGGUCUCUGUGCUCGUCAGCACACAGCUUGCUCUGUAGUGUUCUGCAGAUUUCUAAUCUUACUUUCAUUUAUAAGGAUAAGAGCCAGCGCACUGCUACUGAUAAGCCUGUAUAGAGCUCAAAGCUCCACAUGCAUCGAGCUGCGUUCCCUUUAAGGGCUGCAGUUAAGUUGAAAACGACUGUCUGUCAUCAGCGACGAGGCUCCUGAGGCCGCAGGUACUCGGAAGUCAGUGGAGGAAGAGAAAAGCCAGAGGAUUGCAUUUUGCACUGAACUGUACAUAAAAGCAGGACGAGCAUAUCAAUCGGUUCUACAACUGCUGUAGACGUUUUUGUUGCACCUUCCUCGUUUGAGGACUUUUUUCCAGCAUGAAAAUUAGUGCCUGUUAUGUUGGACAUCUUAAUCCAGACAUUUUAUUUAUUAACGUGUGAGUGUGCAGGGAGUCAGGAAACUCUGCCCCUUGUGCUUGUCUUCUGUACAUUACUGUGUAUAAGUUUGCAUUAUUUAACACGGGGCACGCUAUCAGGGAAGUCUGAUGAGUUACAGGAGUCACAGUUUGAAGUCUGGAGCUGCAGACGAUAUUUGUGGGUUUUGUUGCUCCUUUAAGUCCUGUAUUUAAGGCUUUGCUGCUGUGUCAUCACUUAAAAGACUAAAAAACUGUUCACUGUUCAUGCUGAAUGGGAUCGUUUUGGCAUUAUAGUGAUGUUUAAUUUGUACUUUUGUGGUUGUUGGUUGGUUAAUUUAUUAAUUUUUUUUGUAGGUUUACAGAUUUGUUUUUGAAAAAUACGUUUAAUAUUUGGCUAAAGGUACACUUAAGGGCUUUUCAGAUGUGAAAUCUUUCCCUGUAUGAUGAUAAACUGGGGCUAAACUCAGUCCUGGGUUGAUGUAGUUGGAGGUUUCACACUGCUCCUACUUUGGUUAACACUGAAUCCUGGCUCUUUAUAAUCUGACCUUGUGUCACACCGUACAUUCCUAAACCCUGCUGCAACCUCCUUCUCAUUUGCAUAUUCGUAGCCUCAACAACCCUGAUUGGAUAAAUCCAGCGCGCGGCCGCUUUAAAUAACGCCACGUCUCACGCUUUCACGUCAGUGAGGAAAAAAGUUCAGGUCUGUGGCUCUGCACCAGAGCAGGUUUUGUUAUCUUUCACAGCUUUCUCUUCUUUUUUGUUCUUUUAAAGUUUGUCGUCUAGUCGACCAGACGUUCAGAGACAUCUCUGUAACUUCCUCUACUUUCUCAGCAUGACGUAUUUCCCCCUCACUACGGCGUGCACUUCCGUGAUGUUCAGCGUUUUGUCUCCUGACUCUAUCUACAGAGCCGUUUUUGUUCAGUGUCUCUACGUCCUGGUUUUCACCUGAUAUGUGGCACAGAGACGCUGUUCAGUUUCUCAUUGGAUUUCUGUUGUUAAGUGUCGAGUCGUAACAUUGGAACAGCGCGUCGUUUUACACUGAACACGUUUAGCACCGCAAUGUGGACUUAACACUGCAAAAGCUUCAGAGCAGGGUUUCAUAACCCCGGGGAAACAGCAGUGCAAACCCCGCUGCUAUAUUACACGUGGGAAACCUUCCUCAAGCCAGAGUUAAGGGCAGGGUUUAGAGCCACAAUAACACAGGGUUAAGGGCAGGGUUUAGACCCACAAUAACCUGGGGUUAAGGGCAGGGUUUAGAGCCACAAUAACACAGGGUUAAGGGUUGGGUUUAGACCCACAAUAACCUGGGGUUAAGGGCAGGGUUUAGACCCACAAUAACCUGGGGUUAAGGGCAGGGUUUAGACCCACAAUAACACAGGGUUAAGGGCAGGGUUUAGAGCCACACUAACCCGCGGUUAAGGGCGGGGUUUAGAACCACAAUUACCUGGGGUUUAGGGCCGGGUUUAGAACCACAAUUACCUGGGGUUAAGGGCAGGGUUUAGAGCCACAAUAACACAGGGUUAAGGGUUGGUUUUAGAACCACAAUUACCUGGGGUUAAGAGCUGGGUUUAGAACCACAAUUACCUGGGGUUAAGGGCAAGGUUUAGACCCACAAUAACCUGGGGUUAAGGGCAGGGUUUAGACCCACAAUAACCUGGGGUUAAGGGCAGGGUUUAGAGCCACAAUAACACAGGGUUAAGGGUUGGGUUUAGACCCACAAUAACCUGGGGUUAAGAGCAGUGUGGAAAACUUUUUUUUGGCUACAUUCAUUAUUUUUUUUAAUUUAGCUGUGUUUUUCUGUUUGUUUCAGUUUUUUAGCUCUAGUGAAAUUCUCUAUAGCUGUAAAUAAGAUAUAUAAACUCAAUCCCAAACACACAAUGAAAUGCUGUAUCCGUGGAAAUUACCACGUGGAUGUGGAUUUCUCCUGAUGGACUUUUUUCUUUGUACGUUCGAGACUCUACCUGCUCUGUUGCCGAAAUCAACUGUGAUGUACAGAUCUUCAGAAAGUAACGUAACGUUACAGAGAUACAGCUUUUAUAUUUUUAUUCUUCUAUCAGAUGAUUUGCUGACGGUGGUUCAGCUGGCUGUUUGUGUUUUAUUUAAAGUCUAAUAUAUGAACCGUGUUAUGAGCGAUGAAAUUCGGGGGCCAUCAGCUACAUCCAGUCAUGUAAAGCCUUUUGAAUGGGAGAAAAAUAAUCAAUUGUAAGCUAUUAUCUUUCGCUGCCUUCUCAUUUCAUCGUACAAUUUCUGUUUGGUUAUUGAAUGAAUUAUUCAAAUGUAAAUGUUUAUUUUUUUGGGUUUUGCGUGUUAUUUAAAGAUUGAUGGAGAAAUAUCUCACAUGGAUAUGUGGUGAAUCCUGUAAUAAAAGCAUGUAUGUUUAUUA